GAGGACAUCCUUGGACUCGGUGAUGAGGACGAUCCUGUAUCUGGACAUGGAACAUCAGAGACCUAACUGGGAUAAUCAAAAUUUAAAAAGUGAAGGAAGAUGCCAGCGGACGCGGAACUCAGUAAUCUGCUCAGCAGGCGGCAGAGGAUCAACGACGAGCUCGAGGAAGGGAAGGAGGUGAAAAAGCAGUACAAAUUCGUGAACGUUUAUACAGAAUUCCACGAGCUGUCCCGCCGCGAGAUCAAACAGUACGAGCAGACCUUCAACAGGUUCGACGACGGCCACGAUGGUUUCCUCGAUCUGGCCGAGCUGAAACGCAUGAUGGAGGUCCUGGGGGCGCCGCAGACUCACCUAGGGUUGAAAGCGAUGAUACAGGAAGUGGACGAGGACGGCGACGGACGUAUUUCCUUCCGCGAGUUUCUACUAAUCUACCGCAAGGCGCAUGCCGGCGAAUUGGAACAGGAUUCUGGGUUGGGCCAGCUAGCCCGGCUCACGGAAGUCGACGUCGACGAGGUGGGAGUCACGGGAGCUAAACACUUCUUCGAAGCAAAGAUCGAGCAGCUGCGUAAGUCGAGUAAAUUCGAGGACGAGAUCCGUAUGGAGCAGGAGGAACGAAAGCGUGAAGAAGAGGAGAAGGCGGCGAGGCGAGCGCAGUUCAGGCAAAAAGCCGCUCUGUUCGGGAAUUAAGAGGGAAAACCGCGUGCGCGCGCGCGGAUCGCGAAAGUGGUUGAGGGGGGAUGUCUUUGUACCAUAACGGAAUUAUAAACGGUCGCCUUGGAAUCCUCCACCCUGUUUUAUACGUGAUCCCCCGUUGAUCCGAAUGUUACGUAUUUCCUAAAUAGCACAUGACGCCUCGAAGACGCCCAUUUUACGGCUAUUUUAGGUCUAAGGCGUCUUUAAGCCGUCUUCAAGGCGUCAUUGGGCGUUAAAGCGUUGAUUUCUGUUAGGAGAACAAAAUUGAUAUAUAUAUGUAUAAAAGUUUACGGUUGUUUUUGGAAUUCAUGAGAUAUUUUAUCGCCUUCUUAGUGCAUCGGCCAGGAAGGUCGCGUUAUUAUCGAUCCUUGAGAAAUUGCAUUUUUAGGAAGCACUCGAAAUUCAUUGUCUGUUAACGAUAACCCGCUUGCAUAGAUUUUAAUGUCGAGAAUUCUUGAGAUUAUUUUUAAUUGUUCGAAGGAAUACAUACGGGCACGAGAAAUGUUUUUAUAUUAGGAAGUGGACGCCGAUUGCACGCGUCCGAGACGUUUUUAAUUGUUUAAACGAUUGUACUUUUACGCGGUCAUGGAUCGACGCGUUUUCAACCGGCUAUUAUUGUAGGUACCUUGUGGAAAUGUUUUUUUUAAGUUCGUAGACGCUCAAUUCUAGAUUUCCGACACUUGUAGCAGGCGAUAACGGAGGUUUAACACGCGACUGAUAUUCGUACGAGUACAAUUAAUCGUAUAUAUGUAUAUGUGUGUAUAUUAAUUUAAAACGUUGGUUUGAACUUAGCGAGUAAUGUUUAGCGCACCAUUUCGGUUGAGAAUCACUUGACUGUAUUAUUUGCAAAACAAUAGCUGAAACCUUCGGAACGUACAAUAAUUUUACAAACGUGUUAGUUUAGUAAGCAUUUAUAUGAUUAAGAUUUUAAGCAACGUUAUAAGGUCUAUGGCUCUUACCAAACGUUUAUUGUGACUGUAAUAGAACAUCGAACGAAAGUUAAAGAGAAGUAUAUAUUUUUUUCUUUGAGAUGAAUGGUCUUAAUAAAUAUGAAAAAACCUUUGUAUGAAUAGUAUCCUAUAUUUGUAUUCAUUUAUAGCAGAUGAGCAAGACUUUGAUCUGAAUGAAAAACGAUUUGAAAUUAUUUUUGUAAGCAUUUUCACGGAUGGGCUUUCAGGAUGAAAUUAUUAAGGCCACUCGUUUCAUUGUCUCGAACUGUAUGUACAUAAUAUGAAGAGUCCUAGAUAUAUUCUAGAUACGCCUGUAAAAUUACCAAUUGUAAAUAAACUUGUCUUUUGUUCA